AUGCACAUUAAUUGUGCUUUGGGCCCCUACGAUCACAACAUACUGAUACAGUCAAUGGCAUAUCAAUUGUGGAGCCGCCUACUCGAUAUACCCCCACAUAGAGCUGGAUUGAGAAAAACUUGUCUCGCCUCGAAGCACCAACCUACCCUGCAGCCCAGUUGUUUUGGGGCCAUUUGGGCUAGUAUGCUGACAUAUUUUGCUCUGGAUACGCACGUCCUGGGUUCGAAUCUCGCCCAAGGGGCCCUUUGGGCUAAAGGGAGACUGGGUUGGAUCCCUUAUUUCUUCUCCCCUUGGUCUGAAGCAUGCCUCACCUUUCUCAUAGUCGCUGCCUUUACUGUCCCAGAAGAUUUGGAUGAUCUGAUUAUGGCCGACUACCUACCGCAGCUGGACGGCGAAAGGCCAAUGAAACGAUGGGCAGACCUGAAGAGGGCGAUAAUUCCUUGA